AUGCGUGUGCGUGCGUAUCUGGAAGGUUCACAAAAGUGUACUCGUGUUUCUGCAUCAGAAACACCUAUUUGGAAACAGAAUCUCGUAUUCAUGCUCAAGGAUAUAAGUCUACAGAAUCUGGCGACGCAACAUCUCCACAUCAAAGUGACUAGAGCUAAACGGUUCUCUGAAAAAGUGAAAGGCGAAUUUUGCUGUCCAAUGGCUGCCGUAAUUCAUUCGUCUAACAAAGCCGUUAUCUCGAAAUGGAUUGCACUUUCUGCGCCAUUCGACGAGGAAGAUGCCGAGGGUGUGCACGAGAAUGUUGGAUUCCUCAAGAUUUCCAUCGCUGUAUUCUCCAUGACGGAUAGCCCACCUAGAAUGAACGACAAUAUCGACAGUGAACAGAUCUGGAGCGGAGCUCAACUCGAAGAGUUGUCUUUACGGGUGAGGCUUUUUCGACUUCAUCAGCUUGCCGAUGAAAUACAUCAAGAGGUUGCGAACAACAAGGGAAAGCCACUUAAAUUCGCUAUUGGGGUCUCACUGGGCGCUGAAACAGCUGAAACUAGCGCUGAGGAGAAGACAAUGUAUAACAUGGGCGAAAUCGUAACCGAUGCGGUCAGUUUCAACCAGGAUCUUCUCUUACCCAUGCUAUGGCCAACCGUUAUCUCCAAGAUUAUCUUCCGUCUGUACAUGAGCAAAGGACGCGCUCGUAAAUGCCUUGGGCAGGCUUCAAUACCAAUGAGAUUGAUUUAUGAGCCAGGCAACAAGGGUUUCAUGCCGACGUAUGGACCAUGUUUCCUUAAUUUCUUCGGAUACGAGAAACUGCAGAGGUUUAAGUUGAGGAAAGGAAAGGAGAAGAGUACAGUGGAGGAAGGAGGCAGCAAGACUGUAGCCACGAUUGCUUCGUCUCGGUGGAUUGUGUGGAAUAUGUCGGCGAGUCGGUUCAGCGCACUUUCAUCGAGCAUAGCGCACUUGUACAUUCGAGAAUUUUCGAGAUCAGAAUUGGUGGGGUUAGCAUCUUGA